CGAUCCGAGGCGACGGAGCUCAGCGACUGUCUAUCACACACACACACACACACACACCGCGCCGGACAGGAGCGAGGAUCCGCGCUCGCCGCCUUCACCUCCCGCCUCCUCCUCACCGAACCCCCCGCUCUGCUCCGGAGGAUGAACGCAGCUCGGAGCUCCGGACACGUUGGAGCGCAGCAGCGCGCGCUGGGAAACGGGAUAUAGUGAAGAAGUUGGUGCGGGUUUUUUUUUUUUUUGCAGCGGCGGAGCCUGCGAGCGGAGGAAGACUCUGUUCUGUCAAGUGAAGAAGGAUUUUUGUUUUCUUUUUCUCCUUCACUGUCACCAGAACUGGUCCGAGCAGCACGAGGACCAGAGGAUUAAAGAGGGGUUUUCUGGGUUUUUACAAAGUUAACCGGAGAAUAAAGUGUGUUAUUCUGCUCGUGGAUGCUCAGGGACUCACGAGACGCUGAGAUUUACCGUCAGAGCGGAAACACAAGGUCCGUGGCGGCGGAGGACGUUUUGGAUAUUUUUUCCUGAGACGCGCGAGAGAGGCCGCUGCCGCCGCCGCCGUGCUGGACAGCAUGCGAACCGAGGAUGUCGUCUGAGUCGGGCGUGGCUGCUCUGCGUCUCACCUCGUCGUCCGGAGGGAUGACGGCUCUGUGGUGCUCGCUCUGGCUUUCUGUCCUCCUGCCUCUGUGCGUCGCUCCGGCCCGGCUGCCGAGAGCGCCGCCCUCCGACUCUGUGUCCAGCGAGACGGCCUUCCUGAAGGACCAGGUCCUCGGCACGGGGGACACCCUGGACAUGUCGUGCGAGCUGCGCGACCGCUCGCAGCCGGUCGUCUGGUUCAAAGACGGCGCGGGACUGGUGGCCGGCGACCGCGUGCAGCUGGGUCAGAGGAUGGUGCGCAUCGCCAACGUGUCGUACGAGGACUCGGGCGUCUACUCGUGUUGGCUCGCCCACAGCAGCACGCUGCUCAGCAACUACACCAUCAGGGUGACAGAUUCUCUGUCGUCCGGUGAUGAUGAAGACUAUGAUGAAGAUCCAGAAGAUGCAGGUAAUGGAAAUGAAGCUCCAUAUUGGACCAAGCCUGAGAAGAUGGACAAGAAGCUUCUGGCCGUUCCCGCCGCCAACACGGUCAAGUUCCGCUGUGCCGCCGCCGGAAACCCGACGCCGACCAUCCACUGGCUGAAGAACGGCAAAGAGUUCAAAGGAGACCAGAGGAUAGGAGGCAUCAAGCUGAGACACCAGCAGUGGAGCCUGGUGAUGGAGAGCGCCGUGCCAUCCGACCGCGGAAACUACACCUGUGUGGUCCAGAACAAGUACGGCACCAUCAUCCACACGUACCAGCUGGAUGUACUCGAACGCUCCCCUCACAGGCCCAUCCUUCACGCCGGCAUGCCGGCCAAUCAGACGGUGGUGGUGGGCAGUAACGUGGAGUUCCACUGUAAAGUUUACAGCGACGCCCAGCCGCACAUCCAGUGGCUGAAGCACAUCGAGGUCAAUGGCAGCCGCUACGGCCCCGAUGGCGUUCCUUACGUCAACAUCUUGAAGACGGCUGGUAUAAACACUACAGAUAAGGAGCUAGAGGUUCUCCUCUUGACCAAUGUGUCUUUUGAGGAUGCCGGCGAGUACACUUGUCUGGCAGGGAACUCUAUCGGCUAUGCUUACCACUCUGCUUGGCUGACGGUUCUUUCAGAAGUGAACUCCGAGAAGGAGGACUACUACGUCGACAUCCUCAUCUACGUGACGGGCUGCGUGCUCUUCAUCCUCGCCGUGGUCAUCGUCGUCCUCUGCCGCAUGAGGAUGACCACGCAGAAGACGCUGCCCACGCCGCCCGUGCAGAAGCUCUCCAAGUUCCCCCUCAAGAGACAGGUAACAGUGUCCUUGGAUUCCAACUCCUCCAUGAACUCCAACACGCCGCUGGUCAGAAUCGCCCGCCUGUCGUCCAGCGACGGACCGAUGCUGGCCAACGUCUCGGAGCUGGAACUUCCAUCCGACCCCAAAUGGGAGUUUCCACGAACGCGGUUGACUCUGGGUAAACCUCUGGGCGAAGGCUGCUUCGGUCAGGUGGUGAUGGCCGAGGCCGUCGGCGUCGACAAGGAGAAGCCAAACAAGCCGCUAACAGUCGCUGUGAAAAUGCUGAAAGAUGAUGCCACAGAUAAAGACCUGUCAGACCUGGUGUCAGAGAUGGAGAUGAUGAAGAUGAUCGGAAAACACAAAAACAUCAUCAACCUGCUGGGAGCCUGCACGCAGGACGGUCCUCUCUACGUCCUGGUGGAAUACGCCUCGAAAGGCAACCUGAGGGAGUACCUGCGGGCGCGGCGGCCCCCAGGCAUGGACUACUCCUUCGACACCUGCAAAAUCCCGGACGAGCAGCUCACCUUCAAAGAUCUGGUGUCCUGUGCCUACCAGGUGGCCCGAGGCAUGGAGUACCUCGCCUCGCAGAAGUGUAUCCACAGAGACCUGGCGGCCAGAAACGUCCUCGUGACGGACGACAACAUCAUGAAGAUCGCAGACUUUGGUCUCGCCCGAGAUGUGCACAAUAUAGACUACUACAAAAAGACCACCAACGGUCGUCUGCCCGUGAAGUGGAUGGCACCGGAGGCGCUGUUCGACCGCGUCUACACGCACCAGAGCGACGUGUGGUCGUACGGUGUGUUGCUGUGGGAGAUCUUCACUCUCGGUGGAUCUCCGUACCCAGGAAUCCCAGUGGAGGAACUUUUCAAGCUGCUGAAGGAGGGACAUCGGAUGGACAAACCUGCCAACUGCACCCACGAAUUGUACAUGAUUAUGAGGGAGUGCUGGCAUGCGGUGCCGUCGCAGAGACCGACCUUCAGACAGCUGGUAGAAGAUCACGACCGGGUUCUAUCAAUGACCUCCACUGAUGAGUACCUGGACCUGUCGGUGCCCUUUGAGCAGUACUCGCCCACCUGUCAGGACUCCAACAGCACCUGCUCCUCGGGAGACGACUCGGUCUUCGCCCACGAUCCGCUGCCCGACGAGCCCUGUCUUCCCAAACAGCUUCCCAGUAACGGUGUGAUCAGGACAUAAAGACGGAGCUGCGAGAGGAGGGGUGGACAAUAACCUCCGACUCUCAGUUUCUGACUAGUAAUAAUAAUAACAAUAAUAAUAAUGAUGAUGAUGAUGAUAAUAAUAAUCACCUCUCAGUGACUCAAGCUCCGCAAGAUAUGGAAUUUAAAAACUCGGCAUGCAAUACUUCCACAGUGCUUCUGCUCUCCGGUUCGUCUCCUUCCUCCUCGUCCUCAAGUGACUCUCCAAACAGUGAAGGAUUAUUUCUGGCCAUUUGAACCGUCUUUGUGUUCCUCUUUUCAGAAAUGAAAUUAUAUUUUUGUACGCGGGCCAGUCUUUUUGUUAUGGACUCAUCUGUGGGGGGUGAAAACCAUUCCGUGCCUACUCGGACGAAGGCGAAGGGAAUUCGGUCAACGGCUGGUUUGCGAUCAAGUAGGCGAGGACUUCCGAUGUUUGUCUGUUUUUUUGUUGUUUUUUUUAAUCCUCCACAGAGCCCCGGAGAUCGCGACCGCAAACAAACAAACAAACAAAACCCCAGUUUGACUUUGAAGAUACCAGCAAAACGAUGGGACUCGUUCUUCCAAAGUCGUCCCGACUUUUGCAGAAGGGAUCGCGGUCACGCGUCGUAAAUGAACUGUUUUGCGAUAAUCGCGGAAACCAAGAGUUUCAGGGCCGUUCGCUGACGUGUGCAGCGACGUUUCCGAGGUUUUUUUUUUAAUGUAUCUAGAAAAUGAUUUAUUGUAAAUAUAUAAAUGCAAAUAUGUAUCAUAUUGCUGUUCACAGCCUUGUACUUAAAAGACAAAAAAUUAGUUAUGUUUUUUUUUUUUUUAAAUAUUGUUUUAGGAUGGAAAGCAUUGCAGUCUAGAAGACACUGUCGUGAACGUGUAAAACAUUUAAUCGUUUAAAGUGGUACAGAGAAAAAAAAAGGUUUAUUUGAAUAAUUAACGUGUAUAUUUGUAAAGAUAUUUAUAGACUUAACAUGUGGUUCUUAAGUACGAAAAAAGGUCUAGUUUAGGAUUUUAGUACUGUACACAAAGAUUUUUAUUCUGUUUGUUUUUGUAACUUAUUUUACAACAAAACUGCGACUUUUU